AUGGACUUGAGAAACGUCCUCAACGACAGCAGCAGCGGCCCUGUCGCUCCUCGCGCCGCCGCGUCCACGCCCGACCGACCACCGCCGCAGCAACAGCAGCAGCAGCCACCACACCCGCAGUACUCCCAACAUCCUCCCCAACAUCCUCAACCGCCCCAGCGACAACAGUCAUAUCAACAUCAUCAGCAGCAACACCACCCGGGAUAUCCCCAGCCGCCCACGACACCCGGUCAGGCACCGCACCCACAACAGCACCAGCAAUCGUAUAUAGACUAUAACCACCACCAGACUCGACCCUCACCCGGUCGCCAUAUCUCCCAAGACUCGGGCUACGGAACCCAGCGCAUGCCCUCGGGCGCGUUCGCGUCCCCUCCUCCGUUCUCGGGACCCCCUGCUACCGGCCCGAGCCCCUACGCGAACCGACCUCCGCCGCCGCCUCCGCUGCAGCAAGUCCCGGCCCACGAUCCCCGGUCGCCCAGCCUUGCAUCCGGACCCGGCCCAUCGCCGUACCGUCACACGCCCACUUCGUCGAUUAGCGCUCAGAGCGGCGGUUACCCCUUUCCUCCGUCGGCCCAGCACACUCCCACCAGCCCUGUGCAACGACCAUAUAAUCAAUAUCCUCCCAGCAGCACAGCCGCGUACCCCUCCAGGGAAGGCUAUCCUCCAACGCCGGGCGGCCCCGUGGGUGUCACAGGCCCACAACCACCACCGCCACCAGGACCACCAGGACCACCAGGACCAGGCGCUGGAGGUGCCCCUUACAACUAUUUGCAGGGCCCGCCGGUUGGAGUUCCCCAAACACCACCGAUUAGCACAGCUGGCGGCGGUACUCGUCAGUAUCUCCAGCGAUCGCACUCGACACAUUCGGGAUCGACACCGACACCAACCUCGGCGCACUCGCAGGGCCCGCCAGGACAUUCGCAUUCGCAUUCGCACCCACAAGUGUACGGGCCUCCAUUUGGUCGGGGAAGUCCUGGUGGCCAAAUCGUGGAUCCCCAGCAGCGGCAGUCAUCCCAGCCAGCGACUCCAGUUGCGGGUCCAGGUCCGCUAACGGCUUCUACUACAGGUGGCCCUGGAACUGGAGCACGUCCACUGCCCCAGGCAACUGUUAGUCAGGCCCAGGCCCAGGCCCAAAACCUGAACCACUACGGCCAGCCGCCAAGCCCUUACCAACAACGACUUCCUCCUUCUGCGACAACGCAUCAUCACCUCAACCUCAACUCUCCCCGGUCCUCCCAACACUACCACCAACAAAUUUCCUCUCCCCAUUCCCACCCUGCCCCUCAACAACCGCCACCACCACCACCGCCUCCUCCGCAGUCUCUUCCCAGACAACACAGCGCACAAAGCAUUUACGACGCCCGCGAACGUGAACGAGAACUACGCGAACGAAGCAUCAGCAUCAGUCCCAAAACUCGUGUCCCAAGUUUGCCAAGCAGCGCAGGUCGUCCUGCCACGGCUACUUCUGUUGUCUCGAUUCCCGAGUCGGAACCACCCCGCCUCAACAAUCAUACCGCCGCUCCAAUGGCACGAUACAGGGACGAGGUCCGCGACGGUGACCACGGUCACAAUGCCGCCGCCAAAAGAAAACUCGACGACCGAGAAUUGAGACCAGACGAACUCGAGAGGCGAGACGUUCGUCCCCCACCAUUCGACAACAGAGCCCGUCCAAGCCACACUCCCAACAAAUCAGUCAAGAGGCGAGCAUACGACAGCCCACCUCCCUGGGCCCAGCAGGCCACCCGAGGCAGCACACUGAAGGAGCCCAACUUUGUCCUCUACAAGCCCGUCCACGCUCCAGGCCACGGCCCCGUACAAAUCAACGGCCAUAGCCGUCAUCCCUCGCCCGAAGAAAAGCGUUCUGUGCCUCGAGCACACGAACCCGUUCCCCGCGCACACGAAAUUCGACCUAACGAACGGUCCGCAACCCCGAGCGCACAAGGUCCUCCCCCAGAAGCCCAGGCCAAAUGGGGACCGCUUGGCCCAUGGGAACCCACUCUUACGGGUGACGUACCCCAGGACACCAUGGCCAAGGUCAUGGCCGACUUUCUCUUUCACUAUAUUGUAUCGAACGAGAAUAUGGGCGAGAUCCAUAGUCGAGGCAUCCAGUUUGAGAUCGAGGCCAAGUUUGGAGAACUCAUCGAUCGUAACACCAACCAAAGGAUCGAGCUUGGAGUGCUAUCCCCUACGAUACUCAAGGAAGACGAUUACGUCUAUCCUUUCCGGAGCAUCAUGACUGAGGCACAACAUCGAUCCUACAACGAAUACCUCAAUCACCAGGUCGUCAUCUCCAAGAACCCCAAGUCCAACAUUGGCCGUGAACGUCCUCGAGUUCCCAUAUCGUAUGAACACAAGCACGAGAUCGACCGGUUUUACGCGAUACCUCCUCAAAUUCGCGACAGACACCUCCCCGUCACUGUCGCCAACCUUCUCGCAUCCAAAGGGCGUGACGCCAAGGUCCGCGUUUCCUACAAAGAGAACAAGGACGGCAGCAGGGAGCAAAUCGCCAAGAUUGUCAAGGCCCGUCUAAAGGACCUCAGCAUCCAUUUUCCAGAACACCGCCUGGACUGCCGCAUCAGCAUCAACCUCGAAAUGCCGUGGGAGGGCCCUAUUGAGGAACUCGAGGCAUACGCGACCGGUGCCAACAAGGGACAGUCUCCGGACCGCCGCAAGAAUCGGCUGAGCUAUGGUCAUUGUAGCUAUCAGUUCGAUUUGACGCAGGUGGUGGAAAAUGUUAACCUGAAUGUGAGACUAACCGAGCAACCACAGGGCCGAGACGAAAAGAAGCACGAACUGGAAAUCGAACUCGACCCCAAGGCAGUCCUAGACCAAGGUCGCAGGGCAAGAGAGGGACAGCCCAACCAGUACUUUGAUUUGGUGGAAGGAUUCCUGAACAACAUCAGGAUAAUGGCCAAGAUGUGCGCCUAG